CCACCACUGCCUGGCCUCUGUGUCUAUCUAGUGGCCAGCUCUGCACUCUGAUCUCCAGGCAAGCUUUGUUUGUUAGAGCACAAACAAAAUAUCACCCCAUGGGAGAGAGCCUCCCCAGUAAUACAAAACCAUCUUGAGAUGUAGAGUAGAUGACACUUGUCACUGUCUUCCAUUUGUGACCGCAGGAGACCACAGAGAAAGAGAUUUCCCAAGAAUGGAGCCCUUGGCAACGACCUUUUGUCCUCUGGAAUCCACACAACACACCGGAAACAAAUCUCUAAAUGAAACUGCCUGGUCUUCAGAGCAAGCGGCUGAGUACAGUUAUGUUUCUAUCUUCCUGGUGAUGUGCAUGCUGGGACUGGCUGGGAAUGGACUUUUCAUAUGGUUCCUAAUCUUCUGUGUCAAGAAGAAGCCAUUCACCAUCUACCUCCUGCACCUCGCCAUUGCCGACUUCAUGAAUCUCCUCUGUUCAUCCAUCAUUCAACUAGUGAACAUCUUCCACAUCCAUGAUGACAACUUGCUGACUUAUGCCAUCUUCCUCAUGAUCUUUGGCUACAACACGGGCCUGCACCUCCUCACAGCCAUCAGCGUAGAACGGUGCCUCUCAGUCCUCUACCCAAUCUGGUACCAGUGCCGACGCCCAAAGCACCAGUCCGCUGUGGCCUGUGCACUGCUGUGGUCGCUGUCUGUUCUCGUGUCUGGGUUGGAGAGCUUCUUCUGCAUUCUGGAAGUGAUGCCCCAGUUCCCAGAGUGCCGUUACGUGUACAUAUUUUCCUGUGUCUUGACAUUCCUGGUCUUCGUGCCUCUCAUGGUCUUCUCCAAUUUAAUCCUCUUCAUCCAGGUCUGCUGCAACCUGAAGCCACGGCAACCAGUCAAGCUCUAUGUGAUCAUCAUGGCCACCGUCAUCCUGUUUCUCGUCUUCGCCAUGCCCAUGAAGGUGUUGCUUAUCGUCGGCUACUAUUUCGACACAACAGAUAAGUCUGUGUGGAAAUCCCUCCCUUACCUGAACAUGCUGUCCAUUAUUAACUGCGGCAUCAACCCAAUUGUCUACUUUGUGGUAGGCAGUCUGAGGCGGAAGAGGGGUGGGAAGUCCCUAAAAGAAGCACUGCAGAAGAUCUUUGAGGAAAAGCCGGCGGUGGGCUCUAGGGAGAACGUUGCACAGUUCUCUCCACCUUCAUGACCUUCUGCUAGGACAUCCCCAAGGCAGGAUUCCCUGUGUGGGAAAAUAACGCAGUUCUGAAACCAUCCUCCCACCUGGCGGCUCACCAAGAUUAAAGAGAAAGUCCUUCAUUCCUCCUGGAAAUAAAUGAUAACAAAACACACUGUACCCAUGACACACUUGGCCACUGAUAACUUGAUGGAAGCUAAUCAUUUUUUUUUUUUGCCAGUACUGGAGAUUGGCUCUUGAACAUCACACAUGCUGGGCAAGAACUCUAGCACAGAGUUCUAACCCUGGCUUGAUCCCACCUUCCCAGCACUAUAACGUCUCACUUAAUCUUGUCACUCUUAUGAUCCACUGUUGUUAACCUACUGUCACAGAUAAAGGUAAGAGGUUUAGUAAGGUUUCAAGGUAUGGAUGAUGUUGAGCCGGACUGUGACCUAAAAAAUCUGACCCUCAGACCCACCCUUGAGACUGUAACACCCAGGUCAGUCUUCAAGAGGUCAACUGUUCAUACCUUUGUCGUCAAUACCACUCCUCACUUCUCCCUUGGGUCCCUCUUUCCAUCUUAUGCUUUGAAUGCCUCAGGGGGGAACAUGUUAGUACAUAUAAGGGACAGACAUCAUGCUUCCUUACAAGCAUAUUCACUAUUCAUGCACUGAGAAUUCACCAUGGGACCAACUGAGAGAUAGAUACAUCCCAUGAACCUUUAAAGACGUCAUCCUAUAAGAAUUAGAGGGAAAGCCUCAGCAAGCAUGAGUGAAGAUUUGCUUAGGCAUGGACAUUUUCUCUUUAUCUCCCUUCCUGCCUCCCCCCACACCCCCAGUCUCCCUCCUUCUCUGAUUUUCUUCUAUCCUUACUUAGUGUUUUGAGACCAGAUUUUACUAUGUAGCUGUCUGGCCUCAAACUUUCCAAGCUCCUGCCUCAGGUUCCUGAGUGCUGGGAUUACAGGCACAUUCGGCCAUUCCUGGUCUCCUUUUUUCCAUCCUUUCCUCUCUCUUCCUCUCCUUUGCUUAAAUAUGAGGUGCUUACACACCCAGGAACAGCAUGUGGUGCAUUUUGUUGUAAAAUGUGUACAAAACAAACCCGUGUUUUCCCCUCCACUGUCCCAGCAUACAGCUAUCACCCGACCUCCUGCCUCAGCUCUUUGCCAAGUGGCUGAUUGGAAAGUCUGCUGCCGAUACUUUUGAAAUGGAGUGUUUUCUGUUUUUAUUGUAGAGAAAAUGUUCUGCAGCAAUCCCAAGGCACAGAGAAGGACUUCACUAUUUUAAGGUCAAGCCCAGCUUCUCAGCACUAUUUAUAGAUUUUGUUCAUCCAGUCAUUUUCUUACUGGGAUAAAAAUCCCAUAAUACAACUAACUGGCUUUCAUAAGAUAAACCCUUAAAUGUAAACCGGACAAACUAGGAAUUAUACUGAGUGCUUUAAAUUUCGGUGGCUUUGGGCCUGUUCCAACUAUGAUGAGAAGUGACAACUAUGAUAAAUCAUGAGUUAGAAAAAUGUAUUUUAAUAAAUAUGACAACUGGCUAAUAUCCCUUAACAUAUGGAAUGUUCAACUAAACCAAGAAU